AUGCAGACCAAGAAGAAAGUUACUGGAAGAAAUUCUCGAGAUCUUGCCAGUCCAAGGGUUUCAAGACACCAAAAGAAGUUAUCUGAAGAUGUGCUAGUGCAAGCAAAGAAAGUUACAGAGCUCAUCACCUCUUCUGCUAGAAAGAAAAAAAUUGUUGGCAUUCUUCCAGAGAACAUUGAGGAAUCUGUUGCUGAAACCAAUUUGAAUGCAAGAUUCAGAUUGGUGGAGGGUGAUGAUCCAAAUGGGUGUUUAAGCAACGACACAACCCAUUGUCUUGAUGAUGCUUUUGUAAUUAAUAAGGAGCAUGAUCAUGGAACUACUGAUUGUGCGGGUGAAACUAUAUUUUCUCCUAGCUUUCAUAUUACAAGAAAUUUUGGAGGUGAAAUUUCAAGUGAAGAAGACGUCUUCAAAUUCUUUCAGCAUGGAGAUCAACAUAUUUGGGACUAUGGCAAUGAGAACUUGAAGAUCAGUUGCCCUGGUGGUGGCAACCUAGCAAAGGAAGUUCCAGCUAUACAUCUUUCCAUGAAAAAUUCAAACCUGAAAUGUGUUGAACAAGAAAAUCAAGAUCAUAUGGCAACUGAUGUUUGUCUAGAGGAUGAGGAAGUUGAAGAUUUUGAUGAUUUUGAUCCAUUUUUUUUCAUAAAGAAUUUGCCAGAGUUGUCAUCAGUUGUUCCAAUAUAUCGGCCUGUACUAUUACCAAAACAAACGAGAAGCUGCCCAUCAACAACUCUUGUUCUAGACUUGGAUGAGACCUUGGUGCACUCCACACUUCAACCUUGUGAUGAUGCAGAUUUCAUGUUCUCUGUUAAUUUUAACUCGAAAGAUCAUACAAUAUAUGUGCGGCUCCGCCCUUAUCUGAGGUAUUUCAUGGACAAGGUAUCCCGUCUCUUUGAGAUUAUUAUAUUUACUGCCAGUCAAAGCAUUUAUGCUGAGCCACUUCUGAAAGUGUUAGACCCAAAGAGAAAAAUAUUUCGGCAUCGUGUGUACCGUGAAUCCUGUGUGCACCUUGAUGAUAAUUACCUCAAAGAUCUUUCCAUUCUAGGUCGUGAUUUGGCACGCGUUGUUAUGAUUGACAACUCUCCUCAGGCAUUUGGUUUCCAGGUGGACAAUGGAAUACCGAUAGAAAGCUGGUUUGAUGACCGUGCUGAUACAGAAUUGUUGUCUUUAAUUCCAUUUUUGGAAAGUUUAGUUGGUGUAGAAGAUGUAAGGCCUGUUAUUGCCAAGAAAUUCAACCUUCAAGAGAGAAUAGCUGCAGCAGUUUGUCCUUUAGGCUACAACCGUGGAGACACUUUUGAAAGAUGA